UGUAAAUAUUAUUACAUUUUUGUCACAAAAAUAAUAUUCAUUCAUACAAUCAGUUCAGUUGAUCCCAAGAUAUGGCACAACAGAUAACACAAAGGAUGGCAUCACUCGAGACCACAGAUGACGGCGAAGACAACAUUCAACAGCCACAAAUGUAUGCGAAGAACUCAAUGGACAGAUUCGGUGAUGACAUGUGUGCACUCAUAUUGUCUUAUAUCACAUUUGAGGACCGAUUCCGUUACGAAUGUGUGUCUAAACAGUUCCAGAGGACAGUCUUCGAGAGUGUUGUCGACAUUCAUAUCUACAACCGUUUAAUUGAAAAAAUAUUGAGCGGAAAGACAAUUGACGUCCAAAUGUUGGCCACAAUUGCCAUAAAGUGUGCAAACAUUAAGACCAUUGACUGUCGAGGAAUAGGUUACACAUAUGAGAGACAUAUUCCCGAAGUGUUGAACACAUUUCGAGACAAUUGCCGCCAUUUAAGAGAUAUUUGCACUAAAUUAGUGAACGAUAGCUCGAAAUCGUUGCAAACGUUUGGAUCAUUGGUCACAGAAAUUGGCUCUUUUUCUCCAUAUCAUGAACUCAUUGAUUGCCAGCGAUUGUCAAAAAUGUCGACAAUGAGAAUAUCUGAUGUCUUCGACACCACUUCCGGCCGACUAUUGGUGAAGAAUUUGCGGAGAAUUGAGUUGAGAACACAUUCGAGUGAUAGUAAGGAACUGUUGUCUGCAUUCGUGGCACACAAUCAGUCACUCAAGAGCUUUACCGUAGAUCUGAUUAAUCUUCGAUUUGAUAAGCCGUUGACCGAAAUAAAUCAGAAUAUGGCACAACAGAUGAAACACUUGAAAACAUCACUCGAGAUUAGAGAUGACGGCAAUGAAGACAACAGACAACAGAACUCAAUGGACAGAUUCGGCGACAAUUUGUGUGCACUUCUAUUGUCUUAUCUCUCACUCGAAGAUCGGUUUCGAUUGGAAUGUGUGUCCAAACAGUUCCAGAGGACUGUCUUUUUAAAUGUUAUGAGCAUUCAUAUCAACGAAGAGUUUGUUAAUAAAUUAAUAGAAAAUAACACGAUUGACACCAAGUAUUUGGAUAACAUCUCAAGACUACCGGCGCUGCAAACGCUUGUCAUUCACUGCCGUUAUUAUAAUAAUUGCAGCGAUAAUGAUAUCGAAAACCUGUUCCCCGAAAGACCUAAACUCAAACUCAUUGAAAUCUAU